UUCUCAAAUACAGUUCGUUGCGCAUGUCAUAGAAGUUUACGCAAAUUUUCAAAUUUUGUCGUUAAAGCUUGCUUAGAAACAGUCACAAAUCCAACGCUCUAAACGUUAACGCUCAACAGUUUGAAACUAAGACAAGAUGCGUGAAAUAGUUCAUCUACAGGCUGGUCAAUGUGGCAAUCAAAUUGGUGCUAAGUUUUGGGAAGUAAUAUCUGAUGAGCAUGGCAUUGAUCCAACUGGAUCUUAUCAUGGUGACAGUGAUUUACAGUUAGAAAGGGUCAAUGUCUACUACAAUGAAGCUACAGGUGGAAAAUAUGUGCCCAGAGCAGUUCUGGUGGAUCUUGAACCAGGCACCAUGGAUAGUGUGCGAUCAGGUCCUUUUGGUCAAAUUUUCAGACCAGACAAUUUUGUAUUUGGCCAGUCUGGUGCGGGUAACAACUGGGCUAAAGGUCACUAUACAGAGGGAGCUGAACUUGUAGAUGCUGUUUUAGAUGUAGUAAGAAAGGAAGCUGAAGGAUGUGAUUGUUUACAAGGGUUUCAACUGACACACUCUUUAGGUGGUGGUACUGGGUCUGGAAUGGGAACGCUGUUAAUUAGUAAAAUACGUGAAGAAUAUCCUGAUAGAAUAAUGAAUACAUUCUCUGUUGUUCCUUCUCCUAAAGUAUCAGACACUGUAGUAGAGCCUUACAAUGCAACACUUUCAGUUCACCAGCUUGUAGAAAACACAGAUGAAACCUACUGCAUAGAUAAUGAAGCACUCUAUGACAUCUGUUUCCGAACUUUGAAACUGACAACACCGACUUAUGGGGACUUGAAUCAUUUAGUUAGUGCCACUAUGUCUGGUGUUACCACUUGCCUGCGUUUUCCUGGUCAGCUGAAUGCUGAUUUGAGAAAACUGGCUGUCAACAUGGUACCUUUCCCUCGUCUUCACUUCUUCAUGCCAGGCUUUGCCCCUUUGACAUCUCGUGGUAGUCAACAGUACAGGGCGUUGACUGUACCUGAACUUACCCAGCAAAUGUUUGAUGCCAAAAAUAUGAUGGCUGCCUGUGACCCACGACACGGACGAUACUUGACUGUAGCUGCUAUAUUCCGGGGUCGUAUGUCCAUGAAGGAAGUUGAUGAACAAAUGCUUAAUGUGCAAAAUAAAAAUUCCUCAUACUUUGUUGAAUGGAUUCCUAACAAUGUCAAAACAGCUGUCUGUGACAUCCCCCCACGUGGUCUUAAGAUGUCCGCUACAUUCAUUGGCAACAGCACAGCAAUUCAAGAAUUAUUUAAACGUGUAUCAGAGCAGUUCACUGCUAUGUUCCGUCGCAAGGCUUUCCUCCAUUGGUACACUGGGGAGGGUAUGGAUGAGAUGGAGUUUACUGAGGCAGAGUCCAACAUGAAUGACCUGGUCUCUGAAUAUCAACAGUAUCAAGAUGCUACAGCUGAGGAUGAAGGAGAGUUUGAGGAGGGGGAGGAGGAGGAGGGCCAGAUGAAUUAAACAUUUGGUUUGGACCAAGUGUUACAUGGACAGUAUUGACCUCAAGUGUUCUUAAUGUUUAUUUUUUUAUGAGUAUAUGUACAACUCCCAGGAAAGGAUCACAUUUUUAUUCAAUGUAGAUAUUUUGUUUUCAGGUAUCAUGAAAUAAUUGAGAUAUAUUUUUAGCACGUAUUUGUGAUGUAUAGCUCAGUACUAAAUUUUUCUUUUUAAGAUACACUUCUGUUCAUUCCAAAUUCCACAUUUUUAAUAUAUUUUUUUUGUUAUAAUUCAUUGUACAUAUCACAAUUUGUUGCCUUAAGUAGAUCUUGAAUGUUUAGAUCAUUUAUUUUGGAUGUUGAAGUUUUUAUUUUAUACAUGCCAUUUUUGUAUAUAGUUAGUUUUCAAAUUUUUUUAUUCCAAAGACUGGAAAAUAACAAUUUUAUUUAAACCACUUGAUAUUCAAUAAUAGAAAUAAAAUUUGUUUCUUUU